UUAUCCGAGUAGGAAAGGCCUUGCCUCAGGCUCGGUCGCUCACUUAGAUGUGACUGCCUGAAUCUCCCCUCCGUUCGAUUCGAGUGCCCCCUGUUUUCGUGAUGCCGGUCCUGUCUGCCUCUCCUCAGACUAAUGCACCACCCCUGUCGAUUGCUACUGGUGCUGGGAACUGGUUCCCAACGCUGCACCUGCUCGAGGUGCGCAACGGUUUCCUGUGGCGCUGCAAUGCCACGUCAACACGCCUGUAAGGGAAACGGGGGCGAGAGGCGCAUCGUUCAGCGAACGCUCAUCCGGUCAGCCUGGAGGCGUGGCUCGCCAACCGUCUUUGUUCUCCCAUGCCACGAGCAAAGACUUCGGGUAGGUAGGUCCCGCAACCGUGACCUUGGCGCAGCUUGGGCAGGGCUCAAUGCCUAAUGCUAUAAUUCGAUUUUGGCCGCUUUCGCAAUCGUUCGCUGCUAUCCUACUCUUCUUAAUUUUCCCCCCUGUAGGGACGGAUCUCA